UCACCCCCGCCACAUACACCCAAACCCCAACACCCAGGCGCCUCCUGGGCCUCUCCUAGGUUGGGCUGCUCCAGGAAGUUUCCAUGAAAGCACCUGCAGGAGAACUCGAGUGAGAUAAAGUCUUGCGCCCACGCAGGUGAGUUUGCAGCCAAGAACUUUGGGCUCUGCUGGGAGGAGAAAGGGAAGUUGAGGAAGUCUUUCUACCUGGUAGCCUGGUGCUUUUUCUCAUGGCUUCACCCAGCAGUCCCGGCAAUGACUGCUCCCAUGUCAUUGAUCACAGUCAUGUCCCCGAGUUUGAGGUGUCCACCUGGAUCAAAGUCACCCUUAUCCUGGUGUACCUGGUCAUCUUCGUGAUGGGCCUUCUGGGGAACAGCGUCACCAUUCGGGUCACCCAGGUGCUACAGAAGAAAGGAUACUUGCAGAAGGAGGUGACAGACCACAUGGUGAGUUUGGCUUGCUCGGACAUCUUAGUGUUCCUCAUUGGCAUGCCCAUGGAGUUCUACAGCAUCAUCUGGAACCCCCUGACCACGCCCAGCUACACCCUGUCCUGCAAGCUGCACACUUUCCUCUUCGAGGCCUGCAGCUACGCCACGCUGCUGCACGUGCUGACGCUCAGCUUUGAGCGCUACAUCGCCAUCUGUCACCCCUUCAGGUACAAGGCUGUGUCGGGACCUUGCCAGGUGAAGCUGCUGAUUGGCUUCGUCUGGGUCACCUCCGCCCUGGUGGCACUGCCCUUGCUGUUUGCCAUGGGUACUGAGUACCCCCUGGUGAAGGUGCCCAACCACCGGGGUCUCACUUGCAACCGCUCCCGCACCCCCCACCACGAGCAGCCCGAGACCUCCAAUAUGUCCAUCUGUACCAACCUCUCCAGCCGCUGGACCGUGUUCCAGUCCAGCAUCUUCGGCGCCUUCGUGGUCUACCUCGUGGUCCUGCUCUCAGUAGCCUUCAUGUGCUGGAACAUGAUGCAGGUGCUUAUGAAAAGCCAGAAGGGCACGCUGGCCCGGGGCGCGCAGCCGCCGCAGCUGAGGAAGUCCGAGAGUGAAGAGAGCAGGACCGCCAGGAGGCAGACCAUCAUCUUCCUGAGUGAGUCCCAGGUCGGGGGCAACGCGUGAGCAGC